CUGGUAGCAAGCUAGUUUACGAAAGCCUUUAAAUUUUAACGGAAAUUUUUAAAUGUCGUGUGUUGAGUUCAUUGGAACAGUUAAGUUUUCACGAAAGAAUUUCAUUAUUUUGAAUGACAAACUGCAUUAGUUUUGCAGUAUAUUAUACAUUAAUGACCAGAUUUAUUUUUUAAAAAGUUAAUGUAUCUUUUAAAUAAGCUAGAAUAUUACUACAAGAAUUAUUUGAAUUGAAAAUUUUCAUCCUGUUUGUGUUCACUGUCUAGUAUAAACUGUUAUUUUAUUUUCAAUACAGUACACUAGUAUUAGCAUCUGAAUAUCAUAUAUUUUGAUAAUGUCACAUUUAAAAUAUAUGAAAGAAAUAAACAAUUUAACUCGAAUGGAUGAAAAUAUUAAAGGACCACUUCCCCGAUGGCAAAAGAAAUGUUUGGAAACAUCAAAUUCAAGUGUUAAUCUUAGUGUUAAUUCCUCUCGAAAAGUUACAAGUGGAUCAUUUGCAAGUACUACUACCGGAAAGACUCCAACAAAAAAAAGUGAUAACAGAACUAAAAAGACUCCUUCUAAAGGUUCCAAGAAAUCGCCAAGUCGGACCUCAUCUACCCCUGCUAAAACUCCCAAUGGUGGUGACAGAUUUAUUCCUUCAAGAUCAACUACCAAUUUCGAUCUUGGACAUUAUAAGCUUCAGCAAGCAAAUGCAGAGAAGGAUGAUGAAAAGCUAGACAAUUCAAGUCCUUCUAAGAGAGAAAUGCAACGUCUUAUUGGUGAAAAUUUACAUGGUGGUGAUAUUAAUAAUAUGAGAGUUUUGUCUUAUCAAAACAAAGCACCUGCUCCUCCAGAAGGAUAUCAGAAUCCAUUACGAGUUGUGUAUAGUCAAAGUAAAACACCAGCAAGUGUGAAAGCAUCUACAAGAUACAUUCCACAAACUCCUGAUAGAAUAUUAGAUGCACCGGAAAUUGUUGAUGACUAUUAUCUGAACCUGAUUGAUUGGUCAGAAAAUAAUAUCUUAGCUGUAGCAUUAGGCUCUAAUGUAUAUUUAUGGAAUGCUGCAACUGGAACUAUAGAACAGUUAUUUGAAUUAGAGGGAAAUGAUUAUAUUUGUUCCGUUGCAUGGAUUCAAGAAGGUCCAUAUUUAGCUGUGGGUACUACAGUUGGAAAUACAGAACUAUGGGAUUGCAGUCAAACAAAAAGAGUACGUGUAAUGAAUGGCCAUGCAGCUAGAGUAGGUUCUCUUUCUUGGAAUUCACAUAUUUUGACGAGUGGAUGCAGAGCAGGACAAAUAGUGCACCACGAUGUUAGACAAAGAGACCAUUUAAUAUCAACCAUAAAUGCACAUGCUCAAGAAAUAUGUGGUUUGAAGUGGUCACCAGAUGGAAAAUAUUUAGCGAGUGGCGGUAAUGAUAAUAUGCUUCAAAUAUGGUCAUCAGUUUCUGGACAACAUCAUACACAUAGUCAACCAAUUUAUUCGUUAAAUCAACAUCAAGCUGCUGUGAAAGCCUUGGCAUGGUGUCCAUGGCAAAAUAAUAUUCUUGCAAGUGGAGGUGGUACAGCUGAUAGAACAAUUCGAUUUUGGAAUUGUAAUACAGGUGCAUGUUUAAAUACAGUAGAUACCAAAUCACAAGUUUGUUCUCUUCUCUGGUCCACAACAUAUAAGGAAAUUGUAUCUGGUCAUGGAUAUGCACAGAAUCAAUUGACAAUUUGGAAGUACCCAGGAAUGACAAAGGUUGCAGAACUUACAGGACAUUCUAGUCGCGUUUUACAUUUAGCAAUGUCUCCUGAUGGCACUACAGUUCUUAGCGCCGGAGCUGAUGAAACUUUACGUUUGUGGAAAUGUUUCCAACCGGAUCCACACAAGAAGAAAGAAACUAACGAAAUUAAAUCAGUACCUUCUAAACUUAAACAAUCUAUUCGAUAAUGUUAUGCUAAUAGGAGAAAUAAACU